CCGUCUCUCUGCCCGCAGUUCCGGAACUUCAAGAUCAUUUACCGACGCUACGCCGGCCUCUACUUCUGCAUCUGCGUGGACGUCAACGACAACAACCUGGCCUACCUGGAGGCCAUCCACAACUUCGUGGAGGUCCUAAACGAAUAUUUCCACAACGUCUGUGAACUGGACCUGGUGUUCAAUUUUUACAAGGUUUACACGGUCGUGGACGAGAUGUUCCUGGCCGGCGAGAUCCGCGAGACCAGCCAGACGAAGGUGCUGAAACAGCUGCUGAUGCUCCAGUCCCUGGAGUGAGCGGCGGCCCCUGCGCCCCGGCCCCCCAUGGACUUGCCUGCUCGCUUCCCCGUUCCAGGCCCGGGGCCCGCCCCGGAGCCCCUCCCUCGGCUGCCCAGGAGGACGCACCCAGCUGGGUCUGGGCCGCAAGGGAGGAGACUGCACCCCACUGCCUCUGGGCCCCAGCUGCGGGCGGAGGCCACCUCGUGUGUAUUGAGUAACCGUGCCGUUGUCGUGUGACACCGUGAGUGCGUGUGUGGAGCCCCCAAUAAACCUGUGGUCCCCUCCUG